AUGUUUCCCGGUAUGGUUCCACUCUCAGCCCGAGACUUGGAGGCACUAGCAGUGAAACUCGAUGGGGAGGACCCCCUGAAGGGUCUCCGUGAUAGGUUCAAGUUGCCUACCUUGUCCGAACUCUUUGAUCAAGUCAAAGAUCCAUGCGGUCAAAGCAAUGGUGAUGGCCUCACGGAGGUAAUCUACUUGUGUACAAACUCUCUUGGCCUUCCGCCGAAGUCUACUGGUCAAAACCUUGAAAAGGUGCUAGAGUCAUGGAGAACGCUCGGUGUGCUCAGUCACACACUAGGUUACUCGCCUACCGAAACCUCGGAUUUACGCCCUAAGAAGAUUCUUGCUGAGUAUAUUGUCGGUGCUAAGGUCGACGAGGUUGCUGUUAUGGAGAGUCUUAGUGCCAAUAUUCACACCCUUCUGGCAUCAUUCUACCGACCACAGGGUGAGAAAUGUUGCAUUCUCGUCGAGAAGAAUGCAUUCCCUUCGGACUAUUAUGCAUUAGAGUCUCAUAUCCAUUUAAGAGACUUUGCGCCUACAAGUGGACACAAAUAUGCACCAGUGCUGACGGGUUGGUGGGGACAUCGCUACUCUACUCGUUUUCAGAUGACCAACAUGAUGGAGGUGGAGGGUGGAGCGGAUUCGUAUCGCCGAUCGUGUCCAUCAAUGUUACUCAAUUCCGCAUUGACCUCUUCAUUGGAAAUUUUUGCUGAGGCCGGUGGAAUGAUCCCUAUUCGCGAAAAGUCAAUUAUGCUGACGGGUUACCUACAAUCCCUUCUCUUAAAUAGCCCUAUUGCUCAGUCCCCAGGGUUGGAGAUAAUUACACCCUGUGAUCCACAGUCUCGUGGCUCUCAACUCUCCAUCAAAGUCAAUGUCGAUGUGGAUAAGUUGUACGACCGACUGAUUAAAAGGGGCGUAAUUUGUGACACCCGGAGGCCGUGCUUUAUUCGUCUUGCGCCGUUUGCUCUCUACACCUCUUUUGCAGACCUCCUAAAAGCGAGCAGAAUUAUCACUGAGGAAGUUGAAGCUUUGGUAACUGAUUGA